UUGUGUUGUGUUGUGUUGUGUUGCGGUGAGAGUGUGAAGUAAUAAAACAAAAAGAGUUGAGGGAAAGUCGUGGGAACGAAGAAGCUAACGAAGGCAAAUCAAGGAGAAAAGGAAAAAAGCCCUUAUGCUUUUUGGGUUUGUUUCCCACCAGGUUGAGGUGUUUAGAAACUCAUCUUAAGCAUUGUGGCAGUGACCUGAGCAUUUAGCUGUUUGGGUAGAAAAUAUGAGCUACAGCAGCUCCUCAAUGAGUUCUGGUAGUGGAACUGCUAGAAGGACAUUUGAGUUUGGAAGGACCCAUGUGGUAAGACCUAAAGGGAAACACCAGGCAACUAUAGUUUGGUUACAUGGCCUUGGUGAUAAUGGCUCAAGCUGGUCCCAACUCUUGGAAACUCUUCCUCUUCCAAAUAUUAAAUGGAUUUGCCCAACUGCUCCUACUCGGCCUGUUGGCAUAUUUGGGGGAUUUCCUUGCACUGCUUGGUUUGAUGUUGGGGAGAUUUCAGAAGAUGCUCCUAGUGAUUUGGAGGGUUUGGAUGCUUCUGCAGCACAUGUUGCCAAUCUUUUGUCAACAGAGCCCCCAAAUAUCAAACUAGGUGUUGGGGGCUUCAGUAUGGGUGCUGCAACUGCUCUAUACUCAGGUACCUGCCAUGUUUUGGGGCGCUAUGGGAAUGGAAACAUUUAUCCCAUUAACUUAAGUGCUGUUGUUUCUUUAAGUGGCUGGCUUCCUUGUUCAAGGACCUUGAAAAGUCAGAUUGAAGGAUCACACAAUGGCAUAAGGCGCGCAGCAUCAUUGCCCUUAUUUCUCUGCCAUGGAAGAGGUGAUGAUGUGGUUGCAUAUGAACUUGGAGAGAAGUCUGCAAUGACCUUAAGCUCAUCAGGAUUCCAGAAUCUUACAUUUAGGAGCUACAACGGGUUGGGUCACUAUACAGUCCCUGAAGAGACUGAUGAAGUUUGCAGGUGGCUAACUGCAAAUUUGGGACUUGAAGGGUUUCGGUUGAACUAGAGAAGUAAAUCUCUAUGGGGUCACACGGAUAUAAUAGCAUAGUUUUAGGCAAUGAAAGAGGCGCUAUAGAAUAGAUAGUGGUGUGGGGGUAUAUUGGUAAUGGUAUAGCCGCUUCAUUCUCUCUCUUCUAUUCUCAUGGUACUAAAUAAAUGUUCUUUUUUAAUUCCAAGGGUCACUGUGCUUAUUACUCUGGGAUUUGGGAAUGCUUUAGUGGGAGGACAUGGAUAAUUUCCUCUCAUCCAGCAAAUUUUGUUUAUUUCUUAUGGGCGUGGAUAUAUAUGUUGCUUUCUGUAUUUAUAUUCUGUCUAAAUAAAGUUAAAUUUUAG